GAUGGUGAAACCCGAGCUGAGGUGGGGACCGCCACCCCUGCAGGGGCCUGAUGGGCAGCACAGCUGGCCAAUCCUAAGGCUCAAUGGGAAGGUCUGCUGGCUGACUCCUAGGUGGGGGAGCCCCAGGCAGUUGGCUCUAAAGAGGCCCCAGGUCAGUAGCCAGUCAUGAACUCUGAGGGUCAAACCUAGCUACCCAUCAGACAACCCACUUUCAACUUUCCUGAGUCCCAGGCCAUAUAAGCGGCUCUACCCUUUGUCAAGGGUAGCUGUGGCACUGACAUCUGCCACUGCUGAGCCUUCGUUAGCUUCAAUGCAAUCAGAAUCAAUAGAACAGAAACUGCCAUCUUGGGGUACUGAGCCAGGACCAUCCACAGGGAGCAUGGGGCUCCCUAAUGUCCAGCUCUGGCUGGUGCUGCUGUGGGCACUAGUGUGGGUACAGGCCACAGGAUCUGCAUGCCCAUCCUGUGAGGGCCCAGCACCGGCGCUUCCAGCAGAACGAGCUGUGGUCCUGGAGCUAGCCAAGCAACAAAUCCUGAAGGGGUUGCACCUGACCAGUCGUCCCAGAAUAACUCAUCCUCCACCCCAGGCAGCGCUGACCAGAGCCCUCCAGAGACUACAGCCUGAGACUAUGGUUCCAAGGAAAGAGCAAGAAGUCAUCAGCUUUGCUACCAUUCCAGACUCCUCCACUUCAAUCUGCAGCUCCAUGCUCACUUUCUACCUGUCCACUCUUCAGUCCCACCACCUAUACUAUGCCCGCCUCUGGUUGCAUGUUCUUCCCACCCUUCCUGGCACUCUUCACCUGAAGAUCUUCCAAUGGGGUACAAGGAGGAGGCACCGAGAGUCUCAUGGCCUCCUGGUUGAACACCACAUAACUACUCCGGGCUGGCAUGCCCUGAUUCUGCCCUCUGGUGGUUUGAGGGGUGAAGAGUCUGGUAUCGUGAAACUCAGGUUGGACUGCAAACCCUUAGAAGACAACAACACAGCGGCUACUGGACAACCAAGGCAGCCCCUGGACACAACAGAGCACCAUCGUCCCUUCCUAGAGCUUAAGAUUCGAGCCAACGAGCCUGGAGCAGGUCGGACCAAAAGAAGAACCCCCACCUGUGAGCCCAAGACUCCCUUAUGUUGUAGGAGAAACUACUAUGUAGACUUCCAAGAACUUGGAUGGCGGGACUGGAUCCUGCAGCCAGAGGGGUACCAGCUGAAUUACUGCAGUGGACAAUGCCCCCCUCAUCUGGCUGGCAGCCCCGGCAUUGCUGCCUCCUUCCAUUCUGCAGUCUUCAACCUCCUUAAAGCCAACAAUCCUUGGCCUGCAGGUACCUCCUGCUGUGUACCCACUGCCAGAAGGCCUCUCUCUCUCCUCUACCUCGACAAAAACAGCAAUGUGAUCAAGACAGAUGUGCCAGAUAUGGUGGUGGAGGCUUGUGGCUGCAGCUAGCAAGAGGACUGGGGGUUUAGAGUGAAGAGAUUAGGUAGGGGGUUCCUAGGAAAAGGGUAUCUGUGUCUAGAGGCAUCAGGUUUUCUGAUCCAUACUCCUACUCAACAGGCUGCCUGGCAGUGUGACUGGGUUGACCCCUAUGGAGCUCAAAUGGACUCUCUUGUCCCAGAUACUGGCUUAUUUCAGGCUGGUUGAUGUGUGGAGUGAUGGGUAAAGUGUUUCUUGUACAGGGGACUCCCCAAACAGCAUGAUUUCCUACCCUGUCCCCUGUGAGAAAAUGGCAGGGGAUAGUGGGGGAGGUAGGGAAGGAGAAGGCAGAGAAAAAUUAGUCUCUCCCAAAAAUUGAAAGUCUUCAGGCCAGGGAUUUAGCUUAGUGGUUCUGCCACUUGCCAUACAAGCACAAGGACCUGAGUUUGAUCCCCAAUUUAAAAAAAUGCCUUCAAAUAAAGGAAGAAGGAAGCAGAAGGCCCAGAAGGCUGGGAUGGGGCAAAGAGGCUGGCAGAGGACAGGAACUGUUGAAUGCUUUUUUUUUUUCCUUUGGAGACAGGAUCUAUUGGCUCAGGCUGGCCUCAAACUCUUGAUUCUCCUGCCUCAACCUCUCAAGUUCUGGGAUUAUAAUCAUGCACCAGCAUCCCCAACUUAAGUGCAUUAAUUUAAGGGAGAGUCAAAAGGGACAUGGGCAAGGUGCUGGGGAGGGUAUUUAGGAGAGCUCCAGAAAGAAGAGUAAGGGCUAAGGAUUUGGUUAAGUGGUAGAGUGCUUGCCUGGCAUAUGUGAGACCCUAGGUUCAAUCCCCAGUACAAAAAAAAAAGAAAAAAAAAAGAGUCGAGAAAAAUGGGUGCAGUGUCUAAGAAGCUGUCUGGUUUUCUCUGGGGGACAGAACCAUUGGGGAGACAAACAUUUAUAGUUUCUUAAUAAAGAUAAGAAAAAAAAUCAGCAAAUGUGAGUCAUGAAGAAAGGCUGAGGUGAUGGUCCACUGCAAUGGUUCUCAAAUGUGAUCUGUGGACUUCUGGAAGGUCUCUCAGGUCCUUUCAAGGGUUUCCACAAGGUCAAAAGUACUUUCAUAAUAAUACUAAAAUGUUAUUUGCCUUUUACAUUCUCGUCUUAAAAUUGUGCAGUGAAGUUUUCCAGUGUGACAUGUGAUUAUAUCAUCUUUCUGACAUCACUGUUAAUGGAAUGUGAACUUGUGUAUUCUCGUUAUGAUUUUUAAAAUUUCUAAUACGAUGAAUUGAUGGAUACAAGGCACAUGCAAAAAAAAAAAAGCUCAGUAAUUUAAAAUAGUAUACUGAAGUCUAGAAACCAAAAAGCUUAAGGAUUACUGAUUUUUGCCAGGCAUGGUGAUGCAUGCCUGUAAUCCCAGCAUUUAGGAGGCUGAAGCAGGAGGA